AUGAAACGGGCAAGAUCAGAUUGGACUAGUAGCAGUAUUCCGGAAUUUGAAGAGGAAUCGAUUGUAGUAGAAAGCAAUGUAACCGUUGGAGUUGCCUGUCGUUUGGGCAAUGUCGAGUUGACACAGCAGUUACUACAUGCUGGUUAUGGAGCAUUUCCGGAUGAUCGUUCUUGGUGGCCGAUUCAUGAAGCUGCUUAUGGAUUGCAUUUGGAUUGCUGUAAAGUGCUUGUUGAGAGUGGACGCUGUAAUUUAAAUGCUCAAGCUCAUGAUUCUGUUACACCGCUUAUGCUGGUUUGUCGCAUGUCAUCGAGGCAUGACGAAGCUCUGGAAGUAGCACGUUAUCUUCUUGAUAACGGAGCAAAUCCGAAUAGUCGAACUCUGGAUGAAAUGACCCCAUUGAUUCAAGCUAUUAAAUCUAAAAAUACUGCUUUAGCUUUAUUAUUAAUUGACAGGGGUGCCAAUCCACUGGACGUAUGGUAUGACGGAUGGUCGGCAUUGCAUGAGUCCGCAGAUACCAAAGAUUUGGUUAUCAUGCAACGACUAAUCAGUCUAGGAGCAGAUAUUUUUGCUGUUGAUGUGAAAAGGCAUACAGCACUGAUGGUUGCUGUGCAGGAGAAUUUUUUCCCUGGUGUAAGAUUACUUUUGAAAGUAGCUAGAGAUAGGGCAGCCGAAUUGGCUAAUAUAUCAGUGGAAAAUGGAUUGACUUGUGUUAUGGCUGCUGCUGAUGCUGGGUUUGAAGAUAUUCUUCUCUUACUAAUAAAUCACGGGGCAGACUGUAACAUAACCCUGCAUCCCAUUUGGGGUGAUGAUGGCAGUCGAAUACAUGCAAUUGCUGCCGCAGCCCUAAACAAUCAUCCUAAGUGUGUGGAACUACUUAUACCUCAUGUUAAUAAGGAAAUAUUGAAGGAAACAGAAAUUGAUCCAGUAUCAGCAGCUGCCUAUAGUGGAUCAUACGAAUGUAUUUGUUUGUUACUCGAUGCUGGUUUUUCAACUGAGGUCCCUAUGUGUUCAUGUGAACCGGUUGGCAUGAUCAUUCCAUAUCUACGGCCAUUAUUUUCACGUCGAUAUCAUACACCGUUACGUGAAGCCGUUCGGAAAGGAUAUACUUUAGUUGUUGAAAGACUUCUUAAAGCUGGCGCAAAGAUGACUUAUGUAAAGAAUUGCUUCUCACCAUUUUUAUUUGCAUUUCGAAAUCGCAUCGAUCCCGCCAUCCUAUACAAAUUUUUGGAAAACGACGUUGACAUCAAUGCUAUGAGUGUUAAGCGGACAUGUGACGUACCGGAUGCAUUGGUUAGUGCCUUGGGCACUUGUAAUCGGCGUCAGUUGCUUUUACUUUUGAGCUGUGGUUUAGAUCCAGCCUUGAAGAAUUGGUGCAAAUGCAACAAUGGCUACUCACUUAUGUAUGAUGUUAUGCAGACGACAUAUGUUACCGAUGUUGAUAAAUUGAUGAAACUGCUGGUACUUUUUUCAUCUGGUAUUCCAAGUUGCUGUAAUGAAGUAGCAGAAGUUAUCGGUGCUCAACCUAAAAUUCCAAAACUUUUACAUUUAUGCCGUCUUGCUGUGCGAAAGUGUUUUCGAACAUCAAAGCUCUUACAUGGUCGGUUUUUGGAUGACCUUCCUAUUCCGAAAUCUUUGAGAGAUUAUAUGAUUUUUCAUCCUAUUCCAGAAGAAUUACGUCCGAGUUAG